AUGCCUGAACCACAGUCUCUCACCGCGCCAGCUGAAAAUGAGCAGAUAAAAUUCGGCCAAGAGAGUCUAGGGAGAGAGAGAAUGAAGGUCUCUGACUGCGCGGCCUUCACCACCACCACUCCGAGAUCGGUAGUCAUCGUUUCCCGGAGCAAAUCCCAGGCGACGAGCCGAAGAGUAACCCCGGCCUCAGUCUCGGACGCCGGCUCGGCCGGAAGCAUCCUCGAGAAGCGCCUCCCCAACGGCGAUCUGUACAUCGGGACAUUCUCCGGCAACACCCCACACGGAUCCGGCAAGUACCUGUGGAGCGACGGGUGCAUGUACGAGGGCGAGUGGAAGAAGGGGAAGGCCAGCGGCCGCGGGAGGUUCUCCUGGCCGUCGGGUGCCACUUUCGAGGGCGAAUUUCGGUCGGGCCGGAUGGAGGGUUCCGGGACGUUUAUCGGACCGGACGGCGACACGUAUAGGGGCUCGUGGUCCGGCGACCGCAAGCACGGGUACGGCGUCAAGCACUACAGCAAUGGGGAUUAUUUCGAAGGGCACUGGAAGAGAAAUCUCCAGGACGGCCAGGGCAGAUACGUAUGGAGCAAUGGAAACGAGUACAUCGGCGAGUGGAAGAACGGGAUGAUUCACGGUAGAGGUAUUCUUGUCUGGAACAACGGGAACAGGUAUGACGGCGACUGGGACUGUGGGGCCCCCAAGGGCCAUGGAGUCUUCACCUGGCCGGACGGCAGCUGCUACAUCGGUUGCUGGUCAAACGAGACAUGUAAGAACGGAGGAAAGGGACAGCAAAUCCUGAAUGGGACUUUUUACCCUGCACACAGUUCCAAGAAUGAGAAUGGGAACGAGAAGGAGAGCCUGCAGGGGUAUUUCGGUCAUAAAAUGUCGACCACACUGGUGGUGUCGGAGGAGGAGAAGGUGAAUGUGAUGACUGAUAAUGACAGUAAUAAGAAGUGGCCUCUUGCUGUUGAUGGCGGUGUUACAGAGAGGGCUUUUCCGAGGAUUUGCAUUUGGGAUUCAGAUGGGGAAGCUGGGGAUAUAACGUGUGACAUACUCGAUAAUUUGGAGGCCUCAAUGUUGUAUAGAGAUGGGUUUGUUUUGAAUCGUGAUGGGAUUAAGCAGUUUAGAAGGAAUCCCGGUUGUUUCAAUGGUGGUGAGGUGAAGAGGCCGGGCCAAAUGAUUUCAAAAGGGCAUAAAAAUUAUGAUUUGAUGAUCAAUUUUCAACUGGGCAUUAGGUACACUGUGGGAAAGCAUGCUUCGAUAUUGCGUGAUCUUAAAGUGACUGAUUUUGAUCCUAAGGAGAAGUUUUGGACGAGGUUUCCUGCCGAAGGGUCGGAAAUCACGCCUAUGCAUCAGUCCCCCGAGUUUCGGUGGAAGGAUUAUUGUCCGGUUGUCUUUAGGAAAUUACGGGAGCUUUUUCAAGUGGAUCCUGCGGAUUACAUGUUAGCCAUUUGUGGAAAUGAUUCCUUGAGAGAAUUUUCUUCUCCCGGAAAGAGCGGAAGUUUCUUUUACUUGACACAAGACGAUAGAUUCAUGAUAAAGACUGUCAAGAAAUCAGAAGUGAAGGUGCUUAUCAAGAUGCUUCCUAGUUACUAUCAGCAUGUCUCACGUUAUGAAAAUUCGCUCGUCACGAAAUUUUAUGGGGUCCAUUGUGUGAAGCCAGUCGGUGGCGUUAAGACACGAUUCAUUGUGAUGGGAAAUUUGUUCUGCUCCGAGUAUCAAAUUCAUAGAAGAUUUGAUCUGAAAGGAUCAUCACACGGCCGAAUGACCGAUAAAACCAAAGGGGAGAUUGAUGAGACCACUACUCUGAAGGACCUCGACCUAAACUAUAUGUUCCGUUUGCAGACCAAUUGGUAUCAAGAACUCAUCAAGCAAAUUCAUCGUGACUGUGAAUUUCUCGAGAAAGAACGGAUCAUGGAUUACAGUCUCUUGGUUGGCCUUCAUUUUCGUGAUGAUAGUACGGGAGAUAAGAUUGGUUUAUCGCCUUUUAUGCCUCGUGCAGAGAAAGGUGAUUCUUACCAAAGCGAAAAAUUCAUGCGCGGCUGUCGUUUUCUCGAGGCCGAGUUACAAGACAUGGAUCGGGUUUUAUCCGGAAGAAAACCGUUGAUAAGAUUAGGUGCAAACAUGCCCGCCCGAGCCCAACGUGUGUCUCGAAAGAGCGAUUUCGACCAAUACAAUCAUUCCAGUUUUAGCCACUCGACUCCUUCGAACAAUGGCGAAACUUACGAAGUAGUUCUCUACUUUGGCAUCAUCGACAUUUUGCAAGACUAUGACAUCACCAAGAAAAUCGAGCAUGCGUACAAGUCCCUGCAGGUGGACCCCACCUCAAUCUCGGCCGUAGACCCGAAACUCUACUCGAGAAGGUUUCGCGAGUUUGUCGGGAGAGUGUUUGUCGAGGAUCGCUGA